UUUGUAACGCGGGAAGCCUGUCAGUGUUACCUAUGAAAAUGCGGUGACUAAUAAUUGCAAACGGACGCUGUGUACAGCAUGCAUAUGCCAUGUCAUUGUACAUGUCUCAUUGGCAAUAGAGCGGCUUGAGUGACGUGCACUGUCCGUGCUUUUUGCACCUGUUCACAAGGGAUGCUGCUAUCGCGUCGGUGAGAGUCUCAUCUGUGUGUCAGUUGACAUUAGAGUAUUAGUCUGUUGAGAAAGAACACGGUCCAAAACCCAGCGUCUAAUUAAAAUAGCACUGUUUAGGCACAGAACAGGACGUCUCCGGCAAUCUGUUCUAAGACCGUUUGGUUUAUUCGUUGCAUGGAUGCCAUGUGAACGAGCCACACGCUUCUGAAACCAGUAAUUAGGGUACUGAUAGUUUUGUAAGGCAUCUUGUCUGAACAUUCGGGGGGGGGAAGACAACGCUUUCCAGCUUGGGUGCAGAUAUACCAAACACAGUACCGGGAUGCUCGGACAGUCACCUCAUCUUAUCGGAGGGAUCCUGUGGAUUCAAAAUCCAAUGAGAGCUGUCCACUGCAACCUGAGCCAGAAUGGGAUUGACCACCAGAUGUGCCCUGAGGACAUGACAUCACACCUGGAGGAGGAGCCUCUGGACCCAGGCGCCGGGCUGGACGACAACAGCCCCACCUACCAGGACGUGAGCCCCAUCUACCAGGACGUUAGCCCCACCUACCAGGACGUGAGCCCGGGCUACCAACGCCGCCCGCCGCCGCAGCGCUCCGUAUCUGAGUCCGAGCUCUCGAGGUCGGGGAACGUAAGGCUGUCCAAGCCAGUAGCCCUGUGGACCCAGCAAGAUGUGUGCAAGUGGCUGAAGAAGCACUGCCCAAACCAGCACCAGAUCUACAGCGACUCCUUCAAACAGCACGACAUCACAGGCCGCGCCCUGAUGAGAUUGACGGACAGGAAGCUGGAGCGAAUGGGGAUCAUGCAGGAGGCCCAGAGGCAGUACAUCCUGCAGCAGGUCCUGCAGCUCCGCGUGCGUGAGGAAGUCAGGACCCUGCAGCUCCUCACACAAGCCUCUCUGGAGUGUUCACCGUAGCUACUGACGAUCCAGGACACACCGGCCUACAGUACCCAGAAUCCCUCUGGCCAUGCCUCCUAACCUCUGACCCCCUGGCCUCCUUGGAGCACCAAUCACAACUCUGCAGCCUGUUGCUCGCCGCCACCUCCCCCCAACCUCCCCCCCAACCACCACCUUCCCCCCAACCUCCCCCCAGUGAAAUUGAUUGAAAUGGCACAUCAGUUAACUUAAAAUGUAUACUUCUUAGUUACUGUCUGUGAAAACAUCCAGCAUAGCACUUUACUGUCUGAAUGUAUGUCUGACUGUCUGUAUGUCUGACUGUCCUUCCUCAUGUUACCUCCCCCCCACCCCUUCAUAAACUACUGAGCCAGUGUGUCCCUAUAUGUAGUCUUAUAACGGCCAUUGUACAGACUGCCAGACCCUUUUUGUAUGUCUUACCUAUUUCUCAACCGAACUUCAGCAGAAUAGAGCGAAGUAUUAUUCCUGCUCUCGCUCUUAUUCUCUUGCUCUGUCUCUCUCUCCCCCACAUGUUCUGUCUCUCUAUUGUCCUCGUUUAUUCUGUAAAUGAUCAGUGUUUGGUCUCACCUCUUCAGAUGUCUUUGUUGUUUCCCUGUUUACUUGACUCUCUCUGUCAUUCUUUCUCUCGUCAUUGGGUCACACUCCCUCUCAGAGAACCCUUAUCGUUGGAUAAAAAUUCACUGUGAACACACCAAGCGGGUGUUAAGAGAUUACCUGGCAACCGUGAAAAGACUAGAUGUGUUAAAGAGCCUGGCUGCCUCAUAGCCUGCGUACUUUACCCAGAAUCUAAAUAUUGACUUAAGGAAAGACUUGUCUACCCCAGGAUGGUGUUAUUCUGGAAUAUUGAAAUCACCUGGCAACCCAGAAGCAUCCAGUCAUGAUGUGCAAUCAACUGGUAACCUCAUCAGAACGACGCACGUCAGUCAAAUGACCUGGCAACUAAGAGGGGGCUCAGGUGUUCAGAGUAAGAAACUGGCAACGCAAAAGGGCUCACAAAUGUGCUUCUCUUCAGAUGAAAAGAAGAUAGAGAUCACACCCUCACAGAAAUAGUCCCCUCUCUUUCUUCCUCCCGCUCCCUCUAUCCUCUCCUCGCUGCUUGAAACUAUUUUUAGAUAUACAAAUAAAUUGAAAAUAGUCUCGGAAGGCGAGGUGGUGUGUGGAAAAGAAACGAUCCAGGGGUGUGUCAGUCUUUUAAAGAAGGUCUGUAUUGAUACAAAUCUCUGUUGAACUGACUUUUGCUGUUGAUGUGAAAUGGCCGUUCACUGUUGAUAUAUGAUGCAUUUUAACUGUAUUUUAAAGCACAUCGGGAAAGUAAUGUCCUGCAGCCAAUAGCUCUAUCAUAGUGUGGGCCAUAGUUACCUGUAUGUGUGUGUGUACGUAGCGAAACCCUGUAGCUAUAAUGAUAUGUCAAUCAAGCCAGUAUAAUGAUUUAUGCUACUGUUACUGUACGAAAUAUUGUACCAACACCAGUGUAGCAGAAUUUAUCACCAUCACCAUCAAAAUAUAUUGAGAGGGCAAUCAGGAAAAACAUAAAAUGGCCGCCAAGAAGGAGCUGAAAGCUGCUGACUCCAGCCCUCGAGGCCCAUCAAGUGUAAAGGAAUUUAAUUGGACACGAGUGCUCCAGUGUGCUGUGUCGGAGUCACCCACAUGGGGUAGGGGAGCUGGCCCUCUGCGUAGGCUUGGCCCAGUAGAGCACAUUGAACAGUAUUGAUUGAGUGAUUGCGGGGUCCUCAAAGGCCGCGACGUAGCACAGCCUCCCCCCCCCCCCCCCCCAGAGGAAGGAAGGCAGCGUCUGCCAGUCGCAUGGGGAGGGCCCGUCCACAGUGAAACACCAGGACUUAUUUCAUGGCUGAGAAGAAGGGCAGUGUCUCCGGGUUGUCCGUCCCCACGUCUGUUUACUGUCACCGUGUGUGGGGGGGGGGGGGACACGACGUUGAGAUGGAGAGUGGUGUUCAAUUAAGGAUAGAUGAAACGAGAAUUGUUCAGUGAAGUGGCAAAUUUGCUGUGGAUUUUAAAAGGAUGGUCUCAAAUGGCUUUAGCUGGGCAGAAAUAAGACAGAAUGUGGCUGUUGUCAACACCGUUCAAAACCGCAUCAGUAGAUUGAACAGAAUCAAAUUCAACAGAAAACUUAACGCUGCUGGACUGAAAUAACUGCAUCGAAAUGUGUGGUAAAGUUACCAUGUGACUCUCCAGACGCCCCCGCUGGCCUGGUCCUGCCGAGGUGGCCCAGGGCUUGCCCCGACUGGCUCCUGCCACAGUCACCUGAUUCUUCCUAGCUAGUUGGAACUCAUCCGCAGUCAUCCCGUCUCUACCAGGACACACUGACACGAGACAAAAACAUACCAAUCUGUGCCAUGUUGUUGCACAAAACAGAUAACAGCUCACUCACACACAUAGAUACGGAACACACACAGUCACGCACGCACUCACACUCAAUACAUUGUUUUGAAAUAGAAACAGAAUUGAGAGAUUUCCUUCAGCCAACAUAGACAUUGCACACAAAUAUACCUAAACAGGCACAUAAGGACAAACACCACUGCACACACACAGACCUCACCUGGGUGUGCUCCACUUGUAUACUUUUCUGCCACAUGUGCAGCAUGUUGUCCCCCUGUUCUGGAGAACAUCCUCCAGCAGGCAUGAACACCCCUCAUGCAGACACAGGGCUCAUGUUCAUCUGUGACAAAUGUGAAUAUUACCAUGCCUAAAUAUGAAUAAACAAAUUAACCAUCGUUGUGU